AUGGCGGCGGAGCUCCACUUCGUGCUGGUGCCGGUGAUGGCGCAGGGCCACUUGCUCCCUAUGCUCGACCUGGCGCGCCUCAUCGCAGGUCACGGCGCGCGCGUCACCGUCGUGCUGACGCCCGUGAACGCCGCGCGCAACAGGCCCUUCCUGGAGCACGCCGCGCGGGCGGGGCUUGCCGUCGAGUUCGCCGAGUUCGCCUUCCUGGGACCCGCGCUGGGCCUGCCCGAGGGCUGCGAGAGCGUCGACAUGGUGACGGACCUGUCCCUCAUAGUCCCGUUCUACGAUGCCAUGUGGCUUCUCGCCGCGCCGCUCGAGGCGUACCUCCGGUCGCUGCCCCGGCGCCCCGACUGCCUCGUCGCCGACUCGUUGGCCCCCUGGACGGCGGGCGUCGCGUGGCGCGUCGGCGUCCCGCGGUUGGUGCUCCACGGGCCGUCCGCGUUCUACCUCCUCGCCGUGCACAACCUCGCCAAGCACGGCGCGUACGACGGCGCCGCCGGCGACUUGGAGCCGUUCGAGGUGCCGGACUUCCCAGUGCGCGCGGUUGUCAGCAGGGCGACGUCGCUCGGGUUCUUUCAGUGGCCAGGGAUGGAGAGGUUCCGGCGGGAGACGCUGGAAGCCGAGGCUACCGCUGACGGCCUGCUCGUCAACACGUGCUCGGCCUUGGAGGGCGCGUUCGUCGAGGGCUACGCGGCGGCGCUCGGCCGGAAGGUAUGGGCUGUCGGGCCGCUCUGCCUCACCGAUGCCGACGCAGACACGAUGGCGGGUAGAGGCAACCGUGCGGCAAUGGACACCGGGCACAUCGUGUCCUGGCUCGACGCGCGGCCGGCAGCGUCUGUGCUCUAUGUCAACUUCGGCAGCAUCGCCCGCCUGUUCCCAACGCAGGUCGCCGAGCUCGCCGCCGGCCUGGAGGCGUCGCGCCGGCCGUUCAUCUGGUCGACUAAAGAGACCGCCGGACUGGACGCGGAGUUCGAGGCCCGCGUCAAGGACUACGGCCUCGUCAUCCGCGGGUGGGCGCCGCAGAUGACCAUCCUGUCGCACCCCGCCGUCGGCGGCUUCUUGACGCACUGCGGGUGGAACUCGACGCUCGAGGCCAUCUCCAACGGCGUGCCGCUGCUGACCUGGCCGCAGUUCGCCGACCAGUUCCUGAACGAGGCGCUGGUCGUGGACGUGCUCGGCGUCGGCGUCCGCGCCGGCGUGAAGGUACCGGCCACGCAUGCGAUGCUCCUGAAUCCCGGGGACCCACUGGAGGUGCAGGUCGGGAGGGACGAUGUGGAGAGGGUGGUGGCCGAGCUGAUGGACGACGGGCCAGCGGGCGCGGGGCGGAGGGCCAAGGCGAAGGAGCUCGCCCACAGAACGGUGGCCGCGGUGACCAAUGGCGGCUCGUCGGACAUGGACUUGAAGAGCAUGCUCCGUCACGUUGUGGAGCUGUCGCGAAAGGAUGAACACUUGGUCCGUGGUGCAGCGGAUGCUGCGAUCAAGGACAAGGAGAAGAAGAUGGACAUGGACGACUCGGAUGACCAUACUCAGAGUGGCAUCCUGUGA